AGCACGUUUUCGGCUCCACUGGUCCCCGCUGACAUUGUACCCUUUCCGGACAGCCUCCCCAAUGGCCGCGAUGACGCAGCCCCACGUCGUCUUCAUGAACAUCGCCGCCACAGGCCACAUGAACCCCACCUUGCCCGUCGUGGCGAGUCUGGUCUCGCGCGGCUGCAGGGUCACCUACUUCGUGGAGGCCUCGAUGCGGGCCGUCGUCGAGGCGGCCGGCGCUUCGUGGAUGCCCUUCCGGUAUGCCAACCACGCCUUCACCGGCAUCCUCCGGGAGCCGGGCCAGCUCUCGGCGCUCUCGGCCGCGGAGCGCGCCGCCGUGGGCCUGGCGGAGGACGCCCCAGAGCAGCUCACGGGCUUCCCGUUCAGCACGCUGUACAACUCGCAGCUGGUGCUGCCCCAGCUCCUCGACGACGUGCGGGCCCUGUCGCCCCGCGCGAGCGCCAUCGUCUGCGACCCCUUCCUGCCCUGUGGCCGCGUGGUGGCCCACGUCCUGGGCGCCGCGCCGAUCAGCUUGCUCACGAUGCCGGGCCCUGGCGUCUUCACGCUGCCGGACGAGGUGGAGGGGCUGCCGUGGAUGGAGGGCCCGCGCCAGUGGAUCAGGAGGGAGUACGGCAUCGACCUGUUCGAGGACACCAGCGUCCUCGAGUUCUACUCGCCGGUCCUGAACUUGGUGACCACCCUCGAGGAUUUCUACUCCCCGCCCAGGACGGCGAGGCAGGUCCACAGGUUCGGCCGCGCGCCCUUCCGCUGCGUGGGCGCCCUCCUGGACCCCAAGGUUGCGAGGAUCGAGAACGUGGACGUCGCCCCGGGGCUCGGCCCUGGGGCCGACUGCCUGGGGGUCUCCCCGGCGCUGCGCGCCGCCCGUGGCGCCCGGGAGGGCGGCCGCCGCGUCGUGCUGGUGUCCCUGGGGACGGUGGCCACCGGCAAGUUCUGGGGGGAGCCCUUCGGCCCGGUGGCGGCCGGUAACGCGGAGGCGCCCAAGGGCACGAAGAGCCUGAUGGAGCACACGGGCAGGGAGUUCUGCUUGUUCCUCCUCCGCGCGGUCUUCGAGGCCGUGGCAAGAGAUCCCGGCAUGCUCGCCGUCGUCGCCGUGGGGCCUCACAUGGCGGACGCCAUGGAGGCCCUGCCCGAGCCUCCCGCCAACACGGUGGUGUGCGAGUCCGUGCCGCAGGUCGACUUGCUGCCGCUCUGCGACGCGUUCGUCACCCACGGGGGCGCCAACAGCAUGCACGAGGCCCUCUCUUUUGGUGUCCCCCUCUGCGUGGUGCCCAUCUUCGGGGACCAGCCCUCGAACGCGGACACGGUCGCGCGCAUCGGCGCCGGCGUGUCUUUCCGCAACCCGCUGCUGACGUUGUCGGGCGACUCGCUGAGCGACGCGCUGGGCGACAUCGGGGGCGGCGACUUCCAGAGCACCUUCAGGGUCGCCGCGCGGGAGGCGUCCAAGAGGCUGGCGGCAGCCGACGGCGUCGGGGGCACUGCGGACGCCGUGCUCGGGGCGGCCGGUGCGCGGGACGUGGCUCGCCGGGCGGAGGCGGGGGCCUCCGCCAAGGAGGCCAGCGCCGCACCGGCAGGCCAGCAGGCGCACAUGUUUGGUGCCUGAAGGCGGGGGGGAUGGCCUCUUCGGUGGGGCGACCCUGCGGCAGGGAGGCGACCCUCGAAGUGCGGCGCGCGCGUGCGGCGCGACGCGCUGCACCGUCCUGCUCCACGGCCACGCGUGUGGCCGCCGAACCAGGCAACGACCCUGGGGACGGGAGCAGCGAGGCGCGACCUCCGCGUCUUCACAAUUUCGAAUAUUGACCGUUGCUGGAUUUUCCCAUCCCUCUCUUGCCCUCCUUUUGUUUCCUUCAGGAGUGUGCAACGUACACGUUGCUCCAGAGUCCCGAGUAGAAUGCACCGGCAGCGAACGAAUGCAAGUCCGUGCGUGCUGGCCUCUGUGGAGUGCACAUACGAUGCAAUCACAAGCUAUUACAGUGAUCAGCCGGAUGAAGUUGAGCAACCUGCUUCAAGAGAAA